AUUAGUCUCUCGCCAUAGCUAGGCCCUCGUUUUGCGCAUGCCUGCCGUUCUUAGCUUGCCCUUAAUCUGAAACCCUUCUUCUCAACCGGUCCAUCUGAUACAGCCGCGAGAAACCAGCUUAGGCGCUCGCUUCGCCCUUCCUGUAACCCGGCCCGUUUUAUUCUCCAAACCAACCAGCUUUGCUUGUUGAUUUUCAUCUAUCUCCUUGUUCGGCUCGCCGCCGAUGCAUCCACCGUCGACACUUGCCGUCCACCAAAAGCCAUGAGUUGCACCGGGAACACCAGCAGUACCCUCGCGCAAAAGGCUACCAAGGACAUGUCUCGUCUGCAGCAAGCCUACGACCGUGGCUAGCUCCUCUACCUAGCUAGACGCCUCUCCUGCUGCUAUUUGUACUCCUAGUUCUACUGUUUCUUGCACGGUUAAUUGCACGCGCGCUAGCCGUUUUCGUUGAUUAGUUUCCCACAAUCAUGAAAGAAGGAGGCGAGAGGAAGAACAUUUUGGCCAAGACGCUCAAAAAGUGCCGGUCUCUGGGCCACCGGAGGCAGCCGGCAGCCUCCUGCGCCGGCCGCGGCAGCGCCCCGCAGUCGCCGUCGCCGCGCGCGGCCGAUCACGUGCCGGCGGGGUGCUUCGCCGUGCUGGUGGGGCCGGAGAAGGAGCGGUUCGCCGUGCGCGCCAGGUGCGCCAACCACCCCCUCUUCCGAGCGCUGUUGGACGAGGCCGAGAUGGAGUACGGCUUCGCCGGCUGCGACGGCCCGCUCGAGCUGCCCUGCGCCGUCGACGACUUCAUGGAGGUCAUGUGGGAGAUGGAGCAGGGGGACGGCGCCGCGCCGCCCAGCUGCACUAUCUUCGCCGGCAGGGGCUACCACAACCAGCAGCAGCACGGCUACCACAUGAUGAGCCCGGGCACGUUCCUGGUCGCCGGCCGCUCGUGAUCACCAACCACUACUCCAAUGAAAGUCGAUCGUCCUUCUUCACCGCAUGCUUGAUAGCUUAGGUCGUUCAUGCCAAGUUGCCAGCGUUUAUUUCCAUCAGUUUGCGUAUGUCUUCGAUCGUCUUCUCCUAAUCUCAUGCAUGUCUCCAUGUACGUAUAUGGAGUUCACUGUAAGCUAUGAACAAAAGAUAAUUCUUUUCUGUUCCAAUUA